GUCAAUCCGGGAAAACUGACGCAGUCACGCAGUACAGUUAUCGAAUGUUGUCGAGCUACGCUUUAGGAAUUACGUUUUCAUUAUAUUUGUACAUCGUAAUAUUGCACACGGGUUCGUGUUUAAAUAGCGAUAAAUAUAUUAAAUGAUAAAAGGUCGCCUUCCAGCCAGAAACUGCUCAAGGUCGCACUGUGUUGUUUUCACUUUUAACAGUUUAUCAUGUAAUAAACACAGCUAGAGUUCAGUAUUUUUAAAAGAAUCGGAAAAAUGUCGCUUAAAAAUAUAUUGCUAAGAACUAUCAACCAGAAGAACAAAUUCAUAAGCGUGGCUGCCUCAGCAGUGAGGAUCAACCAGGAACAAUAUAAACACAGAGAACAAAACAGACAAUACAAACAAACAGUAGCCACAGCUUUGUUCAGCUCUGUGCUAAUUGGAAGUGUAUUAGCAGCAGAGAAAUCUAACAAAGAUAAAGACAAGGGUAAAGACGAUAAAGAUAAAGAAGACAACAAAGAUGAUCCAUGUAAAGCGGGAGAAAGGUUGCCGGAUCUACCAACAUUCAGGGCUGACGAAGUUAUCACUCAUAACACUGCGGAAAGCUUUUGGGUAAUUUACAAAAACGGCGUAUACGAUGUGACCUCAUUCCUGCCCUCCCACCCUGGAGGGGAUCAAAUCAUGAUGGCGGGAGGACUCAGCAUCGAACCCUUCUGGAGUGUCUACGGAAUGCACAAGACGCAGGAGAUCUGCGACUUACUGGAGACUUACAGAAUAGGUAACAUUCACGAAGCCGACAUGAUAGACCAUUCGGCCGAAGAAGAGCUCUGGUCGAAGGAGCCGAGCAGAGACGAGCGGCUGAUAGUGAAGACUAGUAGGCCCUUCAACGCGGAGAUACCGGCCAAGCUGCAGGUCGCACACUUCGACACGCCCAACGAAUUAUUUUUCGUCCGUCAACACAUGCCUGUUCCAGAGUUGGAUGCGUGUAAGCAUAAAGUGAAGGUGAUCGUAAAGAAUGGAGAGACAAAGACGCGUGAGUUCAGCCUGCAACAACUGGACAAGUUCCCGCGGACCAAAGUACGCGCCGCACUCAUGUGUGCCGGGAACCGGCGCAGUGAGAUGAAUGAGGAGGUGAAGCCAGUGAAGGGCAUCAGUUGGCAGGGCGGCGCCAUCAGCAACGCGGUGUGGGAGGGCGUACUACUCCGCGAUGUACUCCGCGACUGCGGGGUCGACUGCAACAACGUCGCCGGGAAACACGUCAUUUUCACAGGCGCGGACAUAGACGCGACUGGCGUGAACUUCUCGACCUCUAUUCCGUUGGAGCAGGCGCUGAACCCCAACAACUGCAUCCUGCUGGCCACGCACAUGAACGGCGCCGAGCUGCCGCCCGACCACGGGUACCCGCUGCGGGUCGUCGUGCCCGGGGCUCCCGCUGUCAGGAGUGUCAAGUGGCUCGAAUCAAUUACCGUCUCAAAAGAAGAGAGUUGUUCCCACUGGCACCAGAAGGACUACAGAUCAUUCAACGCGUCCGAGACGUGGGAGACGGCGGACUUCUCGACCGCGCCGCCUAUAUACAGCCUGCCUAUCACGUCCGCUAUAUGCGACCCAGCCGACGGAGACACCGUCGUUCCAAAGGAUGGAGUCGUCGAAGUUAGAGGUUACGCAUACUCCGGCGGCGGUGCUAAGAUCGUCCGAGUGGACAUAUCACCAGACUGCGGCGAGACCUGGAUACAGGCUGACGAGCUGCAGACUGAUGAUGCACCGGCCCAGCAACACCACUCCUGGGCGCUGUGGACUGUCACGAUACCUGUCUGUAAGGGUCAGGAAGACAUGGUACUAUGGGCGAAGGCAACAGACAGCAACUUCAAUACUCAACCAGAGAGAUUUGACGAUAUUUGGAACAUUAGAGGAGUACUCAGCAACGCCUACCAUAAAAUCACAGUACAGAUCGCACGUUAGUUAUAGUCAUUUUUAUGAACAACUUUAUUUCUUAGUGUUAAGGUCUAUUUUUGAAAUUCAUUUGUUACCGUUUUAAUAAUAAUUUUCUACGACUGUUAGUAGUAGAUCGUUGAUUUUGAAAUGUUUGAUAUUUAAGAACAAAAUAUUUGUAUCGAUAUUCCAACUGAGAACACUGUUUUACUUUUACCAAAUUGCUUUAGUUCGGUCGAUAGUAUUUUAUGUAUUUUUUAUUUUUAUUUUGACAAAUUGUACUUAUGAUUAAUUUAUUAUAAUAUCGUGCACCAAUUGAAAGGAAAUGGCUCGACGUUUAUAUACUCUGUUUUAGUCAAUCUCGUAGUGUUGUGCUUACAUUUAGUUUUUAAUGUUACCAUGCUCGAAACUUGAUAUUUUUCACAUGACUUUUAAUAAACUUAUCGCGUAUAUUUUUAUACACUUUUAUUUUUACGUUGUUUUCCGUACAAGAUUGUUCUUUAGUGCUGUCGUUGUAAUGAUUUCAUGUGUCAAACAUAUCUGAAUUAUAAUGUUUACAAAAAUAA